CGCCGCACCGCACCGCUCCGCACCGGCCCGCUCCGCUCCCCCCUGGCGCUGCGGCAGCAUGCGGGGCUGCGGCGGGCGCCGCGCCUUGCUGGCCCUCCUGGCCCUGCUCCUGCCCGCCGCCGCCGCCACCGGCCCCGCCACCGGCCCCGGGCCCGCCGCGGCGGGGGAGAGCCCCGGAAAUUUUAUGGAGGACGAGCAGUGGCUCUCCUCCAUCUCCCAGUACGGCGGCAGGAUCAAGCACUGGAAUCGCUUCCGAGACGAGGUGGAGGAUGACUACAUCAAGAGCUGGGAGGACAACCAGCCUGGGGAUGAAGCCCUGGACACCACCAAGGACCCCUGCCAGAAAGUGAAGUGCAGCCGGCACAAGGUGUGCGUGGCGCAGGGCUACCAGCGCGCCAUGUGCAUCAGCCGCAAGAAGCUGGAGCACAGGAUCAAGCCACUGGGCACCAAGGGCCACGGGAGCUGCAAGCCCUGCCACGCCACCCCACUCGCUGCCGUCUGUGGCUCUGAUGGCCACACCUACAGCUCGGCGUGCAAGCUGGAGCAGCAGGCGUGCCUGGCCAGCAAGCAGCUAACAGUGAGGUGCGAGGGGCAAUGCCCCUGUCCAACCCCCCACGGUCCCACCAGUGAUGCAAAGCAAGAGCCAUGCACUGGGCAGGACUUGGCUGACCUGGGCGACCGCCUGCGUGACUGGUUCCAGCUCCUGCGGGAGAACGCCAAGCAGAACGGCUCCGGCGGCCUCCCUGCCAGCCCCACCACUGCACUGGAGAGGAGCGUGGCGGCCAGCUGCAAGGAGGCGGUGGGAUGGAUGUUUGCCCGGCUGGACACGAGUGGGGACCUCUUCCUGGAGGCAGCUGAGCUGGCGGCCAUCAACCUGGACAAGUACGAGGUCUGCAUCCGCGCCUUCUUCAACUCCUGCGACACCUCCAGGGACGGCCGCGUCUCUGCGCCCGAGUGGUGCUUCUGCUUCUGGAGGGAAAAGCCACCCUGUCUGAGGGAGCUGGAGAAGAUUCAGAUCCAAGAAGCAACCAAAAAAAAGCCAGGCACCUUCAUCCCCAGCUGUGAUGAGGAUGGGUACUACCGGCGGGCACAGUGCGAGCCGGGCGGCGGGGAGUGCUGGUGUGUGGACCAACACGGCGUGGAGCUGACAGGCACACGCAGCCAUGGCAGUCCCGACUGCGAGGAGGCGACGGGGUUCUCGGGUGACUUCGGGAGCAGCGUGGGCUGGGAGGAUGAGGAGGAGAAGGAGCCGGAGGAGGCGGGCGAGGAAGGCGAGGAAGAGGAGGGCGAAGCGGGCGAGGGUGACGACGGCGGCUACAUCUGGUAGAGCAGCAGGAGCGCCCGGCGAGUGGCACGGCCAGGCAGCAGCCCCGCUCCCCCUCCAGGCUAGGGGUGCCCGUGACCCACCCUUGCUGCCCGUGUGGCAGGGCAGGGGGUGGGUGCAUCCCCAUCCCGGCCCCGUGGGGGACAGGGCAUUGGGAUGCUCACCCCGGGAGGGGACAAGUGGGGCUGGGGAGGUUGAGGGGGUGGAGGGGGGGGCCGCGCUUGUGCCAAUUUGAGCUUGGGUUUUCUUUUUCUUUGGGGUAGAGCCGUGUAGGCCUUAGUGUGCUGCUGCUGCUGCCUGGUCUUCAGCCGGGCAAACGGCGCUAAUAAAAGUGGGAAAACGAAAAAAAAGGAAAACAAAACUAAAAGUCGUCCCCCCCCCAUCUAGAUAAGCUACCCCCCGACCCCCUCCCGCAUCCCCCUCCCCGCCCCCCAUCUCUGUGCUGUGCUUGCGCGGCCGCCCCGGCCCCCGGCGUUGUGUAGCGGCUGUGAAAUAAAUACCCAGUGCUGUGUCAAAA